UUUCGCCCCUCUCGGUCCCUUGACGCUGUCUCGGUGUCGUAGGGGUGAGUAGACGGCGGCUGCGAGAAGGCUGACUACAUUUGAGAAAGCAUCCAACUUUUCUUAAUGAGCCCAUUCAUCAAAUGAAAUAUAUCUGUACUAUUUUAAAAGUUUCAUUCUUCAUCAUAGAAAACUUCACUCCUCCUGCCAGAUGAAAAUGAUGACAUUUGAGAAGGUUAUUGAACUUGUGGACAUUUAAGAAGGUAUCCCAUCAAACCAGUGAACCAAAGAAUAAGUAUUAAAUAGAUUCAUCCAAAACAUUAUUUUUUUAAGCCAGGGAAUUUUAUUUUGGAAAAGAAGAAUCUUUAUUCAAUAUGUAUUUUUUGAAAUUAAAAGAGAGAGACAAGAACAAACUUAAAAUAGAUAAAGAUGUUUAAUAAAUAAACAGUGUUAACUCUAUUCCGAUGAGGAUAAUUUGGUGAUGUUAAGUUCUUUACAAAUCCCUGACUGUGGUCCUAAGGACAAGAUUCUUUUUGGAUGGGACUGAUAGAAGUAGAACUUUUUAUGCGUUAACGCACAGUGAUAGGUCAUGUCAUUAUCAGCAUGAGUGGCUUAAAAGAGGAAAUGAAGCUUUCAACUAAAUCCAGAAGUGCAGUCAUUUAACUGUUACUUUAAAAACCUCUUCAUAAUCAUUUAAGAAGAAUUGACAAGUUUUUUUAAAAAAGAUUAAAGAAAGGCAGAUGUCUGCAAAUAAUUCCCCUCCAUCAGCCCAGAAGUCUGUAGUGCCUGCAACUCUUCCUGCUGUGCUUCCAACUCCUUCUCCGUGUUCAAGUCCUAAGACGGGACUCUCUACCCGGCUCUCCAAUGGAAGCUUCAGUGCAGCAUCGCUCACCAACUCCAGAGGCUCAGUGCAUACAGUUUCAUUUCUCCUGCAGAUCGGCCUCACUCGUGAGAGUGUCACCAUUGAAGCCCAGGAACUGUCUUUAUCUGCUGUGAAGGAUCUUGUUUGCUCCAUUGUUUAUCAAAAGUUUCCGGAGUGUGGAUUUUUUGGCAUGUAUGAUAAAAUUCUUCUCUUUCGCCAUGACAUGAACUCAGAAAAUAUUUUGCAGCUGAUUACCUCAGCAGAUGAAAUACAUGAAGGAGACCUGGUAGAAGUUGUUCUUUCAGCUUUGGCUACCGUAGAAGACUUCCAGAUCCGUCCACAUACUCUCUAUGUACAUUCUUACAAAGCUCCUACCUUCUGUGAUUAUUGUGGCGAGAUGCUCUGGGGACUGGUACGUCAGGGACUGAAAUGUGAAGGCUGUGGAUUAAAUUAUCAUAAAAGAUGUGCCUUCAAGAUUCCAAAUAACUGCAGUGGAGUAAGAAAGAGGCGUCUGUCAAAUAUAUCUCUACCAGGUCCUGGCCUCUCGGUUCCAAGACUCCUGCAGCCUGAAUAUGUAGCCCUUCCCAGUGAGGAGGCACAUGUUCAAGAGCCAAGUAAGAGAAUUCCUUCUUGGAGCGGUCGUCCAAUCUGGAUGGAAAAGAUGGUGAUGUGCAGAGUGAAAGUUCCACACACAUUUGCUGUUCACUCUUAUGCCCGUCCCACGAUAUGUCAGUACUGCAAGCGGUUACUGAAAGGCCUCUUUCGCCAAGGAAUGCAGUGUAAAGAUUGCAAAUUCAACUGCCAUAAACGCUGUGCAUCAAAAGUACCAAGAGACUGCCUUGGAGAGGUUACUUUUAAUGGAGAACCUUCUAGCCUGGGAGCAGAUACAGAUAUACCAAUGGACAUUGACAGUAAUGAUGUGCACAGUGAUGGUAGCCGGGGCUUGGAUGAUGUGGAAGAACCAUCUCCCCCAGAAGAUAAAAUGUUUUUCCUGGAUCCGGCAGAUCUUGAUGUGGAGAGAGAUGAAGAAGCCGUUAAAACAAUCAGUCCUUCAACAAGCAAUAACAUUCCCCUGAUGCGGGUCGUGCAGUCCAUCAAGCACACGAAGAGGAAGAGCGAAGCACACGAAGAGGAAGAAGGCACAGUGGUGAAGGAGGGCUGGAUGGUCCACUAUGCCAGCAGGGAUAAUCUGAGAAAAAGGCAUUAUUGGAGACUUGACAGCAAAUAUCUAACAUUAUUUCAAAAUGAAUCUGGAUCAAAGUAUUAUAAGGAAAUUCCACUUUCAGAAAUUCUCCGCGUGUCUUCACCACGUGAUUUCACAAACAUUUCCCAAGGCAGCAACCCACACUGCUUUGAAAUCAUCACUGAUACUAUGGUGUACUUUGUUGGUGAGAAUAAUGGGGACAGCUCUCACAAUCCUGUUCUUGCUGCCACUGGAGUUGGACUUGAUGUAGCACAAAGCUGGGAAAAAGCAAUUCGCCAGGCUCUCAUGCCUGUUACCCCACAAGCGAGCAUUUGCACUUCUCCAGGGCAAGGGAAAGACCACAAAGAUUUGUCUACCAGCAUCUCUGUAUCUAACUGUCAGAUUCAGGAGAAUGUGGACAUCAGUUCUGUUUACCAAAUCUUUGCAGAUGAGGUGCUUGGUUCAGGGCAGUUUGGCAUCGUCUAUGGAGGAAAACAUAGAAAGACUGGGAGAGAUGUGGCUAUUAAAGUAAUUGAUAAGAUGAGAUUUCCCACAAAACAGGAAAGUCAGCUCCGUAAUGAAGUGGCCAUUUUACAGAACUUGCACCACCCUGGGAUUGUAAACCUGGAAUGUAUGUUUGAAACACCAGAACGCGUCUUUGUAGUAAUGGAAAAGCUGCACGGAGAUAUGUUGGAAAUGAUUCUAUCCAGUGAGAAAAGUCGUCUUCCAGAGCGAAUUACUAAGUUCAUGGUUACACAGAUACUUGUUGCUUUGAGGAACCUACAUUUCAAGAAUAUUGUACACUGUGAUUUAAAGCCAGAAAACGUGCUGCUUGCCUCAGCAGAGCCAUUUCCUCAGGUGAAGCUGUGUGACUUUGGAUUUGCACGCAUCAUUGGGGAAAAGUCUUUCAGGAGAUCUGUGGUAGGAACGCCAGCGUACUUGGCCCCCGAAGUUCUCAGGAGCAAAGGUUACAAUCGUUCUUUAGAUAUGUGGUCAGUUGGAGUUAUCGUCUACGUAAGCCUCAGUGGUACAUUUCCUUUUAAUGAGGAUGAAGAUAUAAAUGACCAAAUCCAAAAUGCUGCAUUUAUGUACCCACCAAAUCCAUGGAAAGAAAUUUCUAGUGAAGCAAUUGAUUUGAUAAACAACCUGCUUCAAGUAAAGAUGAGAAAACGUUACAGUGUGGAUAAAUCUCUUAGUCAUCCCUGGCUACAGGACUAUCAGACUUGGCUUGACCUUAGAGAAUUUGAAACUCGCAUUGGAGAACGUUAUAUUACACAUGAAAGCGAUGAUGCUCGCUGGGAAAUACACGCGUACACACACAACCUGGUAUACCCAAAGCACUUCAUUAUGGCUCCCAAUCCAGACGAUAUGGAAGAAGAUCCUUAAUUAUCAAUGAGCUAACUUCAAUAAGGCAGAAUUCCAUUCUGGGACUGGUAUUUUACUGUGUAACUGUUCUUUGUAGCUCGUCAUGUGCAAGGACAUGAGGAACUAAGAUAAGGAAUCAGCGACACUGAUACGGUAGUUUAUGAGUAGGUACCGGAGGGGAAUCUGAGUCAAAAUCAGAAUGGAAUCAAGAUGAAGAUUUUUAUAAAUUUUUGUAGCAUAAGCAAUACAUGGUUUUCUAUGUUUCCUAAUACUUCACGUUAGUACAAUAGUCCAUUUAAUUUAUCUUCCCUUUCCUGUUUUUACAUUUUUUUAAAAAAGGGAAAAAAGGCAAGCUAGCUUGUAGAUAUUGCGUAGCUUGACCAAAUCCUCUAAGAGUUAUAAGGUUGAUUACCACAAAAGUUUGCAUUUCAGACUUAACUGUGAGGCUACCAGUAUGUGACUGACUAUAAGGGCUUUUAAACAUUUGUUCAAGCAACCAUCGAGGCAUUGAGUUUUUCCUAGAUGCCUAGAAAGGGAGCUCGCGGCUUCCUUAUCUUUGUUAGGUCAAUUAGGACUCAAGAACAGUGAUUCCUAACCAUUUUAGCAUAGCAACUCUGAAUAUGCCCUCUACAACAUAAGAAUUUCACUUGUCACCUUUUGUGCAUAUAUGUUGCAACAGCCUCUAAGGUCAUUUAAGACAAGCGAUGCUACAAGGAGUGGGAGCUGCUGGUCUAAGCCUGGUUACGUUAGUCUUCCCAUAGCUCGCCAGGCUGCCGAGCUGUCAUGCACCCACUGGCACCCUGGUGGCACCACAGCUGGGUUCCAUCGUUCAGUGGGCACAGAACUGUUUAUCCUUUACCCAGGGUUGAGUAAUCUGAGGGAGAAAAUUAAGUAUAUACCAAAAGGAAAGCCAGUGCACGGUCAGUUAAUAACAGUAUCCUUUCUGUCUCCCCUCAGCUUAUAGGAGGGCUUUGUGGAUAAGUGGAAUGUUCUUAAAUCAGUGAAUUUAAGCAGUUUGUGGGAGUACAUAUGGGUGGAGCAUAAAACAGUUUGGAAGGGGAACUACAUUAUCAGCAUAGCAAAUGAAAAGAAUGAAAUGAGAAUUUUUAAAAUUUCACCUCCAACAACCAGUUAUUUUAAAGAGUUAUUAACAUUUUCCCCAGAGUAAGAUUAAGAUUGGGGAUUGUCUACUUGUAAGGAAUCUAGUAGCUUUUUCUUUCUUCAUUCUUUAGUAAUCAUUGUUAAACCCAAAGUCUUGGCUCCGGUAUUAUUACUGUGCUGGCCUGGGCAGGCGACAGUCUUGAGUCUUUAGUUUCCUGACCUGUAAAAUGAAGGUUGUAAUUCUUGCCUCUCCCUUCCUCAGUGUUGUUGUGAAGAUCAGCUAUGUAUGAAUGUGUCAAUAAGCAAAAAACUAGGUUUUAAUAACCAUUGCCCCAUGAAUUUGAGGUAGCAAAGGAAAAGAAUGUUUUUGUAUUAUGAACAGACUAAGACUUAGAGAGUGAUCCCUGAAUCUACGCUCUUAUCCAGGACCAAAAAUGUCCGUAUGUUUUCAUUUAUGCUCACAAAAGCCAUGUGGUGUACUAGGAACCUCAUCUUACAGGUAAGAAAACAGGCACAGGAACACGUUCACAGGUUAGUAUAUGAGUUUAAACCCCAGCAGUAUUGUGGCAGUCCUUAUCUACGCCUAUAGCUCCAGCAGGUAUCACACCUCUUGCAAUAACUGGUUCUCCUUUAGAGGUUCUAAAGACUAAACCAACUUAAUGUUGAAAAAAAAAGUUUUUAAUGUAUUUUCUCUGUGGUAAAGGGUGACUUCCUCAAAUUUCUCCAAAGUAAGUCUGUUUAUAUAAAUGUGCACAAAAUGGAAUAAUAAUGAGUCACUCGGCAACCUACUGUGGUUUACUGCAUAAGGUAAAAAUUAACUGGAAUGAUGUUCAUCUGCUCUACUUAUAUAAUCAAUUUUUCAAGCCAUGAAUUUAAUUGCACUCUUUUUUUGUUUUUGUUAAAUGCCUAAGAUGUUUUCUAAAAAUUUUUGUAAAGGCACUGUCAGAUAAAAUGGAGUAAUUACUCCAGAUACUGUAUAACCUGCAUAAGCUUUUGUCUUGAAGUCAAGUUGUGUUUGUAUGAGAAAUAAUUGUUUGCUAAAAAACAUUUAAUAAUGUACAAAGUAGUCUAUAAUGACACCAUUCAGUACAUUUUUAUAUUUUUUGUUACAUCCCACUUUUUGUAAAUAUCCUCAAAGAAGCUUGAUAAUAAAAUGUAUUUCUGUAUCACCA